AGGUCAAAACAGCUGGCAAGCUACCAGGAUGAGCUAAAAACACUAACUGAAACAUAUCUUAAAGCUGCAGAGGAGCUCGACAUAAUGGCGAGUGUGAUGCAACUUGCAAAAUCAGAAUUCCUCCAGAGACGUCUUUUGAUUAAAAUUAGAGAGCUUUCAGGUCGGUUAAGCAAAGAGAAUAAGGACUACGAUGCUGCUUUUCAAAAUAUGGUCAGGAUUGCUUAUUUUGCUGCCAAACACUUCGAAGACACUGACUCAGAGGAUAUGGAGCAUAAAUUUAAAAAUGCAGCACAAGCACUUGUUGAAAAUAUCAAAUCUGCAACCAAAAGAGUGGAAGACUGCUUAAACUACAUCCGUGAGCCACAUGCUCGCUCUAUCCUGAGGUCUAUCAAUGACCACCUGUCUUUUCAGAUCUCAGAUAUAAUCUGCAGGGCGAGGCUUCUAGUAGAGACUCACUACAUUUGUGACACACUCAGUUUGGAUGUGCACAUACAGUGCUGGUCAGCAAAAGCUCACUAUGUGGUGGAGGAGAUCACCAAACAAGAUGGGAUCCACCAGGAGGCUAAAGAGCUCAUCAAGGCUGGUCUACAGGGCAAAGUACCUGAGGACUUUGACAAAUUAUUGGGCACAACACCAUCUAGAGUUAAGGAAGUGGAAUUUCCUGAUACAACAAUAUCUUUGCAAAAAGGUGACACAGAACCUUUAGAUGCUGAAGUGACUCCUUUGAACAUGGCAGAUGUGGUUAAACAUGAACCUGGAAUUUUGAAAAAAGCUGAUGGUGCUACAGCUGAUGUGUACAAAGAACCCUCUUCACUAACCUACACAUCCCUUUGUCUAAAACAAAAAAGCAAUAGCUGGGAUCCCAAAGACAACAAAAUCGUCCAGGUGACCAGGAAGACGGCUGACAUAAUAUGUCACAUGACACAGUACUUAAAGAAAAAAGGCCCAUUACUGAACAAAGAAGCAUUUGUUACUGCAGCCAAAGAUGUUAUCUCAAACUGUGAGUCAGUCACUCAGUUCAUCAGAGUUAUUGCCAACCACAGCCUGGAUAAACAGUGUACGGCUGAACUCUCCCUCAUCAUUGAACAGAUCCUUACCAUCACCAACCAGCUCAGCAUCAUAUCCAGUGUCAAUGCUGUAACGCCUGGGUGCAAAUCGUCUGAUGAAAUCCUGGUGAAAAAUGCACAAAAUCUUCUCCAGACUAUCCUCCGUGGAGUUCAUGCUGCAGAAACAGCCUGCAUUACAGGUCUGAAACAGCCGGAGCCAAACUCUGAUGGUGCAGAGGCCACAGCACUGUGUUUCCAGUGGAAGAGAAACUUGGAGAUCCAUCGAGCUCAGCAGACCUCCAACCCGGAAACUGAUGAGCUGGGUUUAAGAAAGAUUUCAUCACACCCUACAGCACCCAGUCUAGCUCCCCAGGUUAAUGUGCAAAAUGGCUUCAAGUGAACAGUAUUCCCAUCAAAGCAAAUAAAGCAAUCUGAAUCUGAUGAAACACCAACUUGCACUAAGAGUAUAUUAUUAAAGACACAUGCAACAUGUUUAUCUUCUAAAUACUAAACUACUAACUAUACAUACCAUACAUACUAAGAUACUGUA